AUGGAACUGAGUAGAAUGCUGGGAAGGGACCUCUCGUAUUGCAUGAAUAUCAUAUCAAAAUUAGAGUACUUUAGGGGACACCCUUUUUGGGUGAGGGCAUGCAACCGGUUUGUGAAGGGACAAAUGGUGCACAGAAUAAACAGCGAAAGUUAUUUUAUAAUGGCUAACUCGUUAAGUAAGGUGGGUCUACUCUUUGGUAGUGAUGUCCAGCAGGGAAAGGAGCACAGAUCGGAACGAUUGGCAGAAGAAGGGGUGGAAUCUCCUUUGCGUAGUGCUUCCCCUUUUGGGUUCAUCUCUUUCGAUGGCCAUGUUACAGUAGAGAGAGGAAAUAAAAAUACAAUAGAUCGAAAGAGAUACCACCAAAUAUACAACGAAAUAGCUUUCAGAUUUCUCCUCAACUUGGAGACCAUGAAUUUGGAUUGCAUAAGCUGUGUAUUAAAUAUGUUCGCUAAGCUGAAUUUAAGAGAGUACAACCUGCUGGGUUAUUACUUAGCUGAUUAUGUUGUGUUGGGAGAGUUGAGAAGGGAUGAGAGGAAGGAGAGUACCUCUCAGGGGGAGACUCACUACCAAUCAAAUGGGAAGAAAUCCACCAAAAUGAGUAAAGUUAAAAGUUCUUCCAGUGAUAGCGAAAGGACAACUUCACUCCAUGUAGACCGACAUAGCGUCUCCAAAUUAGUAAUAAUUUUGCACUCUUUGGCUAAGUUGGGAGUGGUACAUGUAGAGUUUCUCUCCUUCUGUUGUUUUAUUUUUAGAAAGCAUCUCAUGAUGUUGAACAGCUUAGACUUGUGCAAUAUUAUGUAUUCACUUGGCAAGCUGAUCCCUUUGUGGAGUGGGAGUGGACGGAAGAAGCACGAUCGGGUUAGUCUACUUAAAAGAGUUAGAAGCAAAGAUUUCCGGUCUUAUCUCGACACUGUAGUGAAGUGCACCGAGGUUUAUGCACCCCGUUAUGGAAGUACAACCGGUGUGAAAAAUACGUAUGAGUCACUUCUACGUAACAAUGUUGAGAGACAACUGAAUCAGUUGUGCAGUGAGAUCGAAGAGGAGGUAGUUAAACUGCCGAUGCAGAUUGGCUCGUUGGUACAGAAGGAACAUGUCCUGCGUAACUUCACAGCUCUGCAAAUUUCAUCUCUAACGCUUUCCAUGGCAAAGUUGAAGCUGAACUUUUACGCCUCUUUUUACGCUUCCUUUUACGCUUCUUUUUAUGCCUCUUUUUACGCCAUCAAUCGGAAGGUUCACCACCUGUGGAAGGACUUCUCCCUGCACAGCAUCGCGGAUUUCUUAUUCGGAGUGAACGAGAUGAACAUCACAGAUGAGCAGGUCACUCUGCUGUUGUGUUACCAGUUUGUACGUUUGGUUUAUGCCAAGUAUAGCUCGUCCUGCUUAAUGAAGAGAGACGCUUUUUCGAAAAAUCGCUUGAACAACAUGCAUUUGGAUUUACUUCCCUUCGAGAGCAAGUGUAUGUUGUGUUACUUUUCUCUGCACGUGCUCGACUUUAUGUUUCCCAUGGGAGGGGAUGCACAGUUGGAUGGUUAUCCCAGUGGGGAGUCUGUUCCCCACAAUGGUUUCUCAUUUUGCCUGCACAGGUCAGGCAGAAUGAAAGUCCCAGAUUUCCCCGAGGAGAUAAUUUUAUCCCAGAUGGGAAGAAGCCUCUUCGCAAGGUUAUUGUUUUACGUUUGGGAAUCUAUGGAUCCUAAUUCGCUUAGUGAAGUUACCAUGCGACAGAUUCAUAUCUGCAUUUUGAGCUUUUACUUGGACAUUAUGGGGUUGGUGCCAACGCGGUGGGACUCCCCAUCCGUGGAGAGGCUGCAUAGAGGAGACGCUGGUGCUGCCUCCCUCCCAGGCGAUAUGCCCACUCCCGAUUGUGUGACCUCAUCGGAGGGGACCACCACGAAUAAGUCACUGGAGGAGAAGAAGAAGAAGAAGCCACCUGUCAAGUGUCGUGACGACAUAUUUCUUUACUUCUCCUUGGGGAAGCUCCAGAAGUUGAACGCCUUUUUGGACCUGGCUAGGGUGCGAAGUUCCCAGCAGAAGGAGAUGACCCUGACGUCGAGGACGCAUGCCGAGGUGUAUAACUGCCUGCGGAGGGUGGUCGAAGACCUGAACGGAUCAGAAAAAAGGCGCGUGCUGCACAGCUCCGAGGUGAUAGUUGGCCCGAUUGUGUACUUGAAGCAGAGGAGUGGGAAGGAGGAAGAAGCAUCCCCACCCAACAUGACGCUGCUUUGGUAUGAUAAAAUGGGAAGGUUAAAAUGGCCAGUUGGAAAAUGA